GUCGGUGCCGUAAAGCGAACCCGGAAACCGCGCGGCCCUGUUAAAAGAACCGGUUGGAGUUUAGCCUCCCGCUAUGGGGGGACCCUGCCGCCCCGCCAGGGGUCCCGUCUUCGCUAGGCGUGGCCGGUCCUCGCUGCUAUGGCCGCUGCUGCUGUUAAUGACGGCCGGGGCGUUGCUGAAACCCGGCCGGGCCUUGCAGAACGUCACCUCGCAGCUUUUCGGAGCCGAGGCUUUCGGGACUCUGGCCGCCUUCGGGGACUUCAACUCCGACAAGCAGACCGACCUCUUCGUGCUGAGGAGAGAGAGCGAAUUAAAUAUCUUCCUUGCGGACCAAAAUGAGCCCUACUUUAAGCCGAAAGUCAAAUUACUAUUAAGGGAUGUUGUGAUAACCAGUGUAGUUCCUGGUGAUUACGACGGCGAUUCACAAAUGGAUGUCCUUUUGACGACUCGUCCACGAGAACAGCCCAAUGCUGACCUAUCCGUCUGGAUUUUCUGGGGAAAUAAUCAAACUUUAGAUAUAAAUCGUAAAUUUGUAGCAAAUAAGACAUUUUCUGAUGAACCAUUAAUCAUGGAUUUCAAUGGUGAUUUAAUUCCUGACAUCUUUGGAGUUACCAGUGAAUCAAAAAGGCCAGAAAUACUAAUUGGCAGGAAUUUAACAUGGCACCAAAUGCCGGAUGCAGAACAUGCAAUGUUGAAGCCUCAUUCCCACGCAUUCAUCGAUAUGAAUCAGGACUUCACAGCAGAUUUGUUCCUGACAACGUUGUCCAAAUCUGGAGAAGCUCAGUUUGAGAUAUGGGUGAAUCAGGAUGGAGAUUUUGCCAAACCUCAAGACAUAAAGGAAAAACCGAAGGAUGCAGUUGUUGUAGGACAAUCAGUAUUUGCUGAUUUUGAUGGUGACGGGCAGACCGAGCACUUGCUGCCAGCUUGUGCAGAUACAGCUUGUCAAAAAAGUGUCAUCUACCUAUUUAAGCCGGAACUGGAUGAGUGGUUUCCAGUGUUACAGAAUUUCUCGGAUGGCGUAAAUGUAUGGGGUUUUGUUCCACAUAGCAAUGAUCCGACCACAAAUGAAAUUUCCUUUCCAAUCACUCUUCAUAUUGGAGAUUAUAACAUGGAUGGCUAUCCGGAUGCCCUUGCUAUACUGAAAAACACAUCAGGAAGCAACCAACAGGCCUUCCUGUUAGAGAAUGAAGAAUGCAGGAACGCAAGCUGCAAGCAUGUACGGCGGUCGUUUAAGGUUCAUUGGGCGCUGUCCGAUCUAAAUCAAAUCAAGGAUGCGAUGGUGGCCACCUUCUUCGACAUUUACGAAGACGGAAUCUUGGAUAUAAUUGUCCUCAGCAAGAAUUCUCCUAAAAAAGAGCUUGCUAUCCACGCAUUAAAAAAUAACUUUGAAGCAGAUGCCUACUUUGUUAAAGUCAUUGUUCUCAGUGGCCUUUGCUCAAACGACUGUCCUCGCAAGAUAACACCUUUUGGUGUGAAUCAACCUGGACCUUAUAUUAAAUAUACAACUGUCGAUGCCAAUGGAUACUUGAAAAAUGGGUCAGCUGGACAGCUGAGUCAGUCUGCACAUUUUGCCCUGCAGCUUCCAUAUACUGUUUUAGGUUUGGGCCGAAGCGCUAACUUUCUCGAUCAUUUAUUCGUCGGCAUCCCUCGUCCCUCGGGGGAAAAGGCUACCAGAAAACAAGAAUGGACAGCCAUCAUCCCAAAUUCCCAGCUUAUUGUUAUUCCGUUUCCUCAUCACCUUCCUCGAAGCUGGAGCGCUAAGCUGUACCUGACCCCGAGUAACAUCGUACUGCUAACAGCAAUUGCCUUAAUUGGAGUCUGUGUCUUCAUUUUAGCCAUCAUUGGCAUACUGCACUGGCAAGAGAAGAAAGCAGACGAUCGCGAGAAAAGGCAAGAAGCACACCGAUUCCAUUUCGAUGCAAUGUGAUCGACCUUUAGGUCUCGAUGCAGGAACUACCACUUGAUCCAGACUAAACCUACCGAAUCAUAGACAGACUGAAGGAAGCAUUUUGCUGUGGUAUUUGUAAAUGUUGAAAUGUUGCUGUUUGUUUUUUCCUUUUAAUUUAUUUGUAAAGCGAUAGCCUCAUUUCAGAGGACGGAUUGUAUAUAUUCGCCACUGUCUUUUAUUUAAUAAAUUCCUCUCUCUCCCCCGUAGAUCCUACUGCCGUGAUGGCGAACCUAUGGCAGGCGUGCCAGAGGUGCCACACAGAGCACUCUCUGUGUGCAUGCGCACCAUCGCCUCAGCUCAGCCAGCUGGUUGUCGGGUUUCCGAGUUGCACAUGUGCGCCAGCCAGCUGGUCUUCCGAUUUCCAGCACUCUGGCACAGAUGCGCGCCUUCCGAUUUGGGCACUCUGUGUCUAAAAGGUUCGCCAUCACUGUCCUACUGCAUGCAUUCCAUAUUCUCACUUUCUUUCCAUAUAACUGUCUUUCCUGAAAAGAUGGUUCUACGUAAAUUGAACUUUCAGUGAGCCAAAAAAAAAUCAACAACCCCCAAUUCUAGUGCCCCAGUCUGAUCGUCAUUUAUCUCUUUCCAAAAUAUGACUUCCAUGUUUAUAAUUUAAUCCUCCAGCAAACUGGUAGAUUGUUCUGAUUGUACUGGAAGACAUUUUUACUCGAAAUGCUUUGGAUUGUUCAUCUUAAUCUUUGUAUCCAAUCAAGUGCAAAGAGAAGCUUAAUGUCAGAAGAUUAAAGCACCCUAAUAAUAUUGGAGUAAAAAGACUGAUUCGCAGAAUCAGAAACAAAUCAACAUAAUGCAGUCUACCUUUUGAAAUUAUGCCAGCCUAAAAUCAUCUGCGGGAUAUACCCCUUACUCGUAGUUAUCAUGCAGUUAUCCUAAAUUUUAAUCAUGAAAACAGACGAUACGUAAAAAUAAAAAUAAAAAAAAUAUGUUAAAAAAAAAAGGAACAGAGGAUGCUCCACCAAGGAAAAAUUGUGCCUCUCCACAGCCUGUUAUGAUGAAGGGCUGGACUAGACUAUGUUAUGAUUUCCUUCUAAUCUUCUCGUUGCAUACCAAACCAUGUCUAUGCGCAAAGAGAAUCCCAGCGUUUUCCGAAUAAGAAUUAAGCUGCGGCUAUUUGAUUAAGAAAACUAUUGGAAGCAGUCUUUUUAUGUAAAGCCUCUGUUGCUUUCUUCCUUACGUUUGGUUUACGGUUUUUAAACAUUCUUGGCCUGUAUUCCUAAUAAACAAUGUCCAUUACGUAAA